UCCAAGGACUUGUUUUGUCUUUGUAAGAAUCAGAAAAAGGAGGAGGAGGCCACCAGGAGCUACAUAGCCAGAUAGGAACCUUCGUGCGUCGCUCUUGUUUCCCCACGGUGAAGGCGGACAAGUAGCUGGAGGAGCAAAUCAAAAUGGCGAGCCAAGAGGAGUCUGUGAGGGAGUUCGUCGCCGUUACCGACGUGGACGAGGAGAGGGCCCGGUUCUUCCUGGAGUCAGCCGGCUGGAACUUACAGCUCGCACUCGCCAGUUUCUUUGAGGAUGGAGCUGAUGACGACAUAGUAACUCUUCCUCAACCGGAGAUAGGCUCCUCGGUGUCCCGGUCGGCUGGGCCAAGCGCUCAGCCCAGAGUGACAUCCUUCAGAGAUCUGAUGAAUGAGGCAGAGGAUGAGAGUGAUGAGGAGGAAGGCCAAAGGUUUUUCGCUGGGGGAUCAGAGCGCAGUGGGCAGCAGAUCGUUGGGCCUCCCAAAAAGAAGAGCUCCAAUGAGGUGGUGGAGGAUUUGUUCAAGGGGGCGAGGGAACACGGGGCCGUGCCGCUGGACCGGCCUGGGAGAGGCCCAGGGGAGUCCAGCAAAGCCAAGGCCUUCAUCGGUGGAGGCUACAGGCUAGGAGCAGCUCCAGAGGAGGAGUCGGCCUAUGUGGCUGGAGAGAGGCACGGCUCCAAAAGCCAGCAGGAUGUCCACGUGGUGCUGAAGCUGUGGAAGACAGGUUUCAGUCUGGAUAACGGUGAGCUCAGAAACUACAGCGAUCCUGGAAAUUCUAACUUCCUCGAGGCAAUCAGAAGGGGGGAGAUUCCCCUGGAGCUGAGGCAGCGGUCUCGAGGGGGCCAGGUCAACCUAGACAUGGAGGACCACAGGGACGAGGACUUCUCCAAACCCAGGAUGGCAUUCAAGGCCUUUGGUGGUGAAGGACAGAAGUUGGGAAGUGCCACCCCAGACUUGGUUGCAGCUCCGGCCAACGCUCAGCAGGAUCAGGUCACCAACGAGGCCCAAGCCAGCGCCUCCCUGAACCUAGACUCCUCCCAGCCCGUCACUAACAUUCAGAUCAGACUAGCCGACGGCGGCAGGCUGGUCCAAAGGUUCAACUACACCCACAGGGUGUCUGACGUGCGCCAGUUCCUGGUGGGGGCCCGGCCCGCCAUGGCCGCCAGAGAGUUUGUGCUCAUGACCACCUUCCCCAACAAAGAGCUGUCAGACGAGAGCCAGACGCUGGAGCAGGCCAACCUCCUCAACGCCGUCAUCGUCCAGCGGCUAAAUUGAGGGGGACGGGGAAACUAAGACCAACCCCCUCUUCCCUCGCCUCCCCCCUCUCCCCCUGAUGGUGUGGCUGAGAAACUGCAGCCCUGUGAAACCUGCUGCCCCUUCUGAGGGAGGAGAAAACACAGACUUAUGUAUGGACUUCUAAUUUCUGAUUUUCUUUUUUUCUUUCUUUUUUUUUUUUUUUUUCUAAAGUGAAACAUAACAUUCUGGGUCCCCCCCCCCCCCGCUCAACCUCUCUAGUCUGUGACAGGCGGUAGGUAAUACAGGGGGAAACAAAAAAAAAAAAUGUCCAAUCAUCUCAGAGCUAUUGGAAAGCCUACAGAUGCUGUUGAUGUGUGGUUCUGAUGGAAUUGUUUGCCUGACAGAAGUAGAUGGUAUAAACCCAAAAAAAAACGCAGCAGCAGUCCAGCUUCCCGCGGAGCAGUUUGGCCGCAGAAAUGUUCACUUAACCCGGCUCUUUUUUCCCCCCUUUAACACGCGCCCCACUUUUUCCUCUUCUAUUAACCCGAGUCUGGCCCUUAAGCUAUGUUUACUAUCAGAUGCUGGGGCCUCAGCAGAUGCAUGCAGCGGCAGACUCCCGGUCUGUUUGUCCGUCUCAACAGCACUAAACAGAGCCACAUGGGGAAUGCUAGUCUUAAUAAGGUCAAAAUACACGUUGAUAAUGUGCUUUUGUGCAAUCUUCCAUCUCUCUCCACAUAUUCUUUUUGGAGUGAGAAGUGUAAUAGUGUAACAAAUCACGGAGGGGAUUUUUCUCUAACCAACCUAUACCAGUAGCCUUACGCUCCCUCAUUCUGCUCCAGCACCACACCUGUCCCCUUUUGUUCAAAUGAAGAUGGAAUUAUUUUUUUAAACUUGCCUUUUUCUCCCUCUUUUCCUUUUUUGCCCCCCCCUCCCUUUGACAGACUGUAGGAUUGGCCCGGUUAGACGGUGGCGUUUUGAUAUUGUGUGACAUGACAAACAGUUACACGCGGCUUUAUUGUCAAACCAAUGGUUGAGCAAAAGAACAUUUAGAUUGUAAACACUGGUUUGUAGAGGUGGAAGUCAAAUUCCUGCGACGACACUGACAUCUUCUAUGCAUCCCGGGGCAACGCAGAAAUAAGUUUGGACCUCUGGUGAAAUAAAUCCAUUUUAUGGUUGAUGUAUAAAGAACUUAUGGUGUUGUGUUUUUAUUGCAGACCGUAGGGAAAAGGAUUAUUUAUGUCAUUUCAUGAUUGUUUUUCUUAACGUGAUGUUCUUGGUGUCAGUAUUUCAGUCAGAACAUUAUGGUUAUUGUUCAGUACAUGUGCAUGAACUACCCUCAUCCGAUCACUCUGGGCGGCAGCCACAAAUUUAGAAAUGUGGAUUCUCUUCAUUGGAAACCAGACUCCUUGUGCAGUUGAGAGCCAAGAAAUCUAGCUAAUGUAGGGUAAACAGUGGACAGAACCAGGAGGCUGUUUGCAGCAGAUGGAUGACAUCCCAACUCACGGAGAACAUUUCCA